AAGUUUUGCAGCAAGUCAGAAACACUUUCGUGUCUGGGGACAAAUAGUGCUGGUGGGAUCCUGCUGGAGAAGGAGCCCUUUCUCUUGUGGUGGGGUGCUGCAUUGGACCUCUAGUUGGUCGGGGCACCCCUCUUUUUUUUCCCUCCCCCUCCCUGCCAGGGCUCUGUCUUCUCUCCAUAGUGGUGAUAGAAGAUGAUGCAGGAAGAGUCCAGCUCUCCAGUCUCCCCCGUGGACAGCUUGAGCAACAGCGAGGAAGAACUUGACAGGCAGCAGAGCAAAAGGGGAUGCAGGAAGAAGAGAACCAAUAAGAAGAACCCCGACGAGCCCGAAAGUCCGACCUCAGUGAAGAGGAACAAGAAGGCCAGCAGCACCGGCAGCAGUCCCCAGUCCUUCGAGGAGCUACAGACCCAGAGAGUCAUGGCCAACGUCAGAGAGCGACAGAGGACCCAAUCCCUCAACGAAGCCUUCUCGGCCCUCCGAAAGAUCAUCCCCACCCUUCCCUCUGACAAACUCAGUAAAAUCCAAACCCUCAAACUGGCCUCCAGAUACAUUGACUUCCUGUGCCAGGUUUUACAGAGCGAUGAGCUGGACUCCAAAAUGGCAAGCUGCAGUUAUGUGGCCCAUGAGAGGCUAAGCUAUGCCUUCUCAGUGUGGAGGAUGGAGGGAGCCUGGUCUAUGUCUGCAUCUCACUAACACAUCUCAGGCGACAAGGACACUCACACAGAAGAGACUGCUUGCAAUGCUGGAGGAAAUGGACAGUCUAGAGAUUGAGAGAUUGAAGCUGGAUACCUAUAAAAGUCAAAUAAACAAUCAACAAGGAUUUUCAUCCGUUGGAAGAGGAGGCAGACACAGGGCGUAGGGAGCACUUAUAGAGCAGCAAGGAUCGGGGACAUGGGCCUGGGAGGAGCAGGGACCGGCCAGCACAAAUCCUGCAGGGUCACCACUACUUUUUACAUUCUGAAUUGAGUCUGAACAAUCGCUAUUUUUUUUUUUUUUUUUUGACGAAGAAUGUUGGAAUUUUUCCUUUGCUUUUUUUUUCAGAACCAUUCCAUUUUUUAUUAUUGUUUUUUUUUUUUUUUUUUCUUUUAUUGCAUGCAUUCCCACCAGUCGUGCCUUUGAAGCCACUUAAAGGAACUUUCCCCAUUCUCGGACGCUACUAAUGAAACACAAACUGUUUUUGUUUUAUAGGAGGAAAAAAAACAAAAACUAUUUUUGUUAUCGAAAACUUUGGUUCAGAAAAAAAAAA